AUUAUUUUAAGUUUUUAGGCCUAUUUUUGGAAUCAGUCAUGUAUUUGAUUUUCCCAACGCAUUGUAUGGCAUGUCCAAAUGGUCUGAUGGUAGGAAUGAAGGACGAGAAGAAAGAUAUUCUAUGUGUUGUUGCUGUUGUCAAUGCCACAAAAGCCGUGCCGUUGAAGUCUAAAGACUUAUCAGUUAUUGGCUUAUGGUAUCGUUCUGAUAGUAUUACAGAAGAAAGAAGACUAGAAGAACCAACCAGUCUAGUUCUCUUCUUGCGUCGUGGAGAAAGACGCCCUAUGAUUUUAUCACGCAGUGAAGAAGCUAUCAUAAUCUUGUACGACCAACCUUCAACAUCUCUAAUUACUAUCCAUCCCUUGAACUUAAGGAGUAACGCCAGUCAAGACGAAGAUAACUUAGCAGGGCAGUCUAAAGAUCAAGCACUUCUGCCUUUACCAGACAACAACACAGACUCUUGCAUUGAGGAAAUUAUUAAUUAUAUAAACAUGAUUCCAGAUCCUGAAAUCCAAUCUUCCAUUCAGACAACGAGGAAUCAUCUUAUUCAGGAUUUUUUAUCAAUAUUUUUAUACUGGCUUUUGUUAUUACCAAACUUCUUAUUUGGCUUCAUUGCUUCUAUUUCAAGGUUUUUAUUGUUAACUAUGAGUCAUGCGAUUUUUAAAUCAAAAGUUGCAAGGUUCUUGUCGCUUUCGGUGUUAUUCAAGCAGUUUUCAUUACGUCUGAAACAAAUUGCUACAGUAGACAAACAAAUGAUACCACAAGCUUCAAGCUACAUGAUCCAUGAUAAACAAGAGCCCAAGAACCUCAAAAAAUAUUUGCAUGAGAAGCAACGGACAUUUAUUAUCAAAGGAAAUUUGAUAACUAUCAUUGUGUUAGACGUUAUACUAGGAGUAGUAAUAGUUAUGUGGCUUACUUCAACCAAUAUUGUAGCAGAUAUGGCAAGUUAUUUACUAGAGAGUACAGAAAAUGGUGCUCAAUUGCUCACUCAGCUGAUCCAAUGGCUCAUGGGUGUACCAGCUGGGCUUAAACUGGACAAAACCCUUACAAGCUUUCUUGGCAAGUUCUUUUUGUACCACAUAUAUCUAUGGCAAAUAUACCUUAAGAUCAUCCAGCCAUACCUACAAACACUUCUGUGGACAUGUAUUUUAUCAGGUUGUCUGGGGAUGACUUUUCUUAUUUCUUUAGCAUCUGAUGUUUUGUCUCUUCUUACUCUUCACAUUUACUGUUUUUAUGUGUAUGCUGCAAGACUGUACAGUCUACAGGUCUAUACUCUGUUAUCACUUGCAAGACUUUUCACAGGCAAAAAAUGGAAUAUACUACGAAGCAGAGUCGACAGUCUUCCUCAUGAUGUAGACCGCCUGUUUGUUGGUACACUACUCUUUACUGUCCUGCUCUUUCUUCUCCCUACAACUGCCCUGUUUUAUGUGGUAUUUACAUCACUAAGGCUUCUGGUGUAUGUUAUCAAGUACCUCUUGUCCUGUGCUACACAUCUUAUGAAUAAGAUACCUUUGUUUGGUUUGUUGUUGCUGUUUUUUCAGCCCAGUCUCCUACCAGGAGGACUGCAACUUGAGAUCCUUGAGAACUUCUCUGACCAACCACAACCACCUACAGACUUUGUGCAACCCUCCCCUCCCCUCCCUUCACCAGUCUCAGUCUUGUACCUCAAGCUCACCAACAAGCCAUUGUUCAUUGCCCAGUUGAGGGACUGGUCAAUAGAUGCUGAACAUGAAACAGAUGAUGUACAAGAUACCUGGGGUACGUUUGUGGGAAAGCUGUUACGAGGGCACUUGGUGUAUCCUUGGAUUAACAGAAAUUAAACAUGGACUGGGUAGCUUGUGUCAUAGACUGUAAAAGUACUAAAAUGCAAAUAGAUGCCUGUCCCCUCCCUCCAGAAAUGUGUAGUUACAGAAAUUAUUCAUACCUCCCCCAUGGAGGAAUUUUUUCUAAGACCCUACCUACCUCUGGAAAUUCCAAUUUUCUUCCACACAAACUCUUUAAUUUUGUUCUUUCUCUAAUACCCCACCCCUUGGAAAUUCCAAAUUCCUCUGUGGGCUGGGGUAUGGAUAAUUUCUGGAACUACACAAUGGCAACAACAAGACAUCCUGUGUUUGUCUAGCAAAGAGUAACAUAGCAAAAGAUAGCAUAAAAUAGCAUAGCAAAGGGUAGGAUUGAAUAGCAUAGUGAAGUAUAGCAUAGCAUAGGGUAGCAUAACAAAGUAUAGCAUAGCAAGAGGCAGCAUAACAUAGCGAAGGGAGUAUUGCAUAGCUUGGUAUACAGUAGUGUAGCAUAGGGUAGUAUGGCAUAGCAUAGCAAAGGAUAGCAGUGCAUAGCAUGGUUUACAGAAGUAUAGCAUAGGGUAGUAUGGCAUAGCAUAGUAAAGGAUAGCAGUGCAUAGCAUGGUUUACAGAAGUGUAGCAUAGGGUAGUAUGGCAAACAUAACAUAACAAAGCAAUUGGUAGGAUCGCAUAACACAACUAUGGAGAAAAACAUUGUUUGAAGCCCCUCUGGCAUAAAAAAAAUACAGAUUAAAAAUAUCUAUAUCUACGAAAAUAAAGAACGUAUUUUGAUUGUUCA